GACUUCGAACUGUGAGCACCAUGCCAGUGCUCGCCACUGCGAUUCUCUUUCUUGUCGGAGUCCUCACACUUACCUCAUCAGCAAGAGGACAUCAGGAAUCAGUGCCGGUUUCCAUUGAAUGUACCACCAGAGGUGCUCGCCUUAAGGAGAAGGUGGUGACCGUGCUGUGCCCACCUGGUUGUGCCUACCCCCAACUCUCAGUCUGGGGAUCUGGAGUGUACGCCUCAGUCUCCAGUGUCUGCGCAGCUGCCGUGCACAGUGGUGUGAUUCCCAGCUCGGGUGGAGCAGUUCACGUUCAGAAAUUAGAAGGAAAAGCAAGCUAUCAGUCUUCAUUCGCAAAUGGCGUGCAAUCUCUUCCACUCUCUCAAUGGAUCGGCUCCUUUUCUGUUUCCAAGGUCCAGACGAUAGCACUUGAAGUAUCUGGGCCCCCAAGAGCAACAGCAAUUCCAGCUUCAGCAAAAAAGACAAAGAAAAGAUCUGGGAAAAAUCAUUCAGCACGUGGAAACAAGGAUUGCAAGGCUGAUAUUGUUUUCUUGCUCGAUGGAAGCUGGAACCUUGGUAAACGCAGGUUUAACUUGCAGAAGAACUUUGUCAUUCGGAUUGCUCAGUUGCUUGGCAUUGGACCAGAGGGACCCCUUGUAGGAAUGGUACAAAUCAGCGAUAACCCUAAAAAUGAGUUUAAUCUCAAGAACUUUACAACUUCAAAGGGCGUCAUUAGUGCCAUCAAAAAUGUAACCUUUAGAGGAGGGAGCACAAAUGUCGGUAAAGCAUUAAUCUACACAACGGAAACCUUUUUCACUCGUGAGAAAGGCAUACGUGCCGGAUAUCCAAAGGUUGUCAUUGUUCUGGUGGACGGGUGGCCCACAGACAAUAUGGAAGAAGCUGCACAUCUGGCCAAAAAAUCCGGCAUCAAUGUUUUCAUUGUCUCCGUUGCAAAGCCCCUUCCUGAAGAGCAGAAGAUGGUCUCAGACCCCAAUUACAUUGAAAAGAGUGUUUGUAGAAACAAUGGAUUAUUUUCCUACAAUAUCCCCAACUGGUUUGGCAUGUACAAAUAUCUCAAACCUUUAGCACAAAGAAUGUGCUCCUACGAGCAGAUGGUUUGCAGUAGAACAUGCUUCAAUUCAGUCAAUUUAGGUUUCCUCAUCGAUGGGUCAAGCAGUGUUGGCGAUGCCAACUAUCAAACCGUUCUGAAGUUUGUGGCUGAAAUUGUGGAAGCUUUCGAUAUUUAUGAAAUCGGGGCAAGAGUUGGGGCUGUGCAGUUCACAUAUGAGCAGAGAACUGAAUUCGAAUUUGAGCAAAAUUUGACGAAGGAAGACGCCCUCUCUGCUGUCAGUCGUAUCCGUUACUGGAGCGGAGGUACAGCCACUGGUGAAGCGCUCACUUACACCAGAAAGAACCUGUUUGGCAAAGUCAAGAACACGAACAUGAAAGUGCUGAUUGUUAUCACUGAUGGGCAAUCCUAUGAUGAUGUGAGGGGUCCAGCUGCUGAAGCUCACCAGUCAGGUAUCACAAUAUUUUCUGUUGGCAUUUCAUGGGCAAUAGAAGCAGAACUCAAAGCAAUGGCAUCCGAGCCCAAAGAAUCCCACUCUUUCUUUGUGCGAGAUUUCCCAAUGGUCAGCAAGCUUGUACCUGACAUCAUUAAAGGCAUUUGCACAGAUUAUUCAGCAAAACAGCAGUGAAGAAGUGGAUACUUCCACUUGUUAUCCAAAGAGAAGAAAUUGCCUUAAUGUCAACAUAUUAAAUCUCUUAUGACAAUACUAACAAACAUGCUAGUGCAACAUUUUGUAGAAACGUAGACACAACUAAUAUACAGAACUGCAUGUGCUUUUCUACUACUAUACAGAUUAUCCAACAGGAAAGGGAAGUCUUGUUCUCCAAGAUAUGAUGUAAGAAAGUACCUUUAUAUCACAGCUUGUUAUGUUUAACACAUUUUAAAAAAUUGAUAAUACUGGUUCAGUGAGUGAUCUGUCAAAAAGCACUGUGUUGGCUAUUUGAUUUUGGUGACAAGUAACCUCAACUCAAAACUGGCAAUGUAAGAUGGAAGCUUAUAAUGUGUUUUAAAUAUGCACCUUUUGACAAAAUGUUGUUUCCUAAGUUAAUUUGCAAAUACCUUGCAAUUUAAAAUGAAAUGAAUCCUCAGAGUGUUAUGAGAUUUGAUUAAGAAAGUGGGACAUUGUAUUUUUCUAUGGAUUUGGUUCUGGGCAAUUCAGAACAAUUGCAAAUGUAUUGUUUUUUGCUGAACAGAAAACGAGCCUGGGGAACUGAUGUCCAAGUGCAGAAAAAAUAAAUCCCAGCACUAAGCAGCCACCAGGAAUGGAGCACUGUUUUACACUCAGUAUACAUCACCAUUUGUUGUAUUCUUACUAUGUGAAGCAAUUUUUUUUUCCUAAACGCAAUUUAAAUAGCUAUGGUGGCAUGGUUUAUUUUUCUUAGCACUGAAACUAUGUAAUUCCUAUGUAUACUUUUGGAAUAGGACUGGUUAUGUGUAAA